CGCUCAUCCCAAACCUUCCUUUUUGGCGCAAUAACAGCCCUGUGUUCAUUUGCUGCCUAAUUGGACUCUAUGAGACCAAUAACAGGCGAGAACAGCGCGGCCACGAGCCACAAAGAGGGAGGAUGGUCUCUCUCUCUCUCUCUCUCUCACACACACACUCUCUCUCUCCCUCUCUCACACACUCUCUCUCUCUCUCUCUCCCCUCGCCGUCUCUCCCUUAAUCCCAUUUGCCAUUGUACAUGCCCAAUCGCCUAUACUUUCCGCAUUUAACUUGGAUGACAUUUUUAUUUCAUCAUUAGCAUCAGGCGCUAGACUGACUGACACGGCGGACACACUUUUGCGUGUUUUUUGACGGGGAGAGCGCGGAAUGAGACAUCUCCACGUCCGCGCGCUUUAUUUAUUUAUUUUCUACCUCGCAAACAUUUUUUAUUUGAUUUUUCUAGCCGAGAAGGACGCGUGCUGUGACGCGCUCGCCCGGGUGUGAGUCCAGUCUCCGCGUUUAGAAUAAUAAUAAUAGUAAUAGAAGAAAACCAGGGGCUCCUCGCAGUCCGGAUACGCGAGCGUUGUCUGUUUUUCUUUUUUUUGUGUGUGUGCGUGUUCCUGCUUUCGUGGUGCUCCGCUGUUCACACCGCAGCCACAGCGAUGCCAGAGACAACGCCAGAAACGUGCGCUCCGGCCAAGGACUCGCCUUUCUUCAUCAAGAACCUGCUGAACUGUGACAGCAAACCGUCCAAACCCAGGCCCAUGCUGGCGGCCACCAAGGCGGCCCUGGAGGGAGGAUUUUCCUUUUCCCAGGUCGGGGACUUGCACUUCCCACGCUUUGACCUGCCCGCGCAGAGGUUCAGUCUACCGGCUCACUACUUGGAGCGCACCUCGGCGUGGUGGUACCCGUACACCCUCGGCUCGGCCGCCCACCUACACAGAACUGAAGUCACCCACAAACUAGGCGUCAGAGACUCCUCUCCAACCUCGGGCACGGACAGAGACUCUCCGGACCUGGUGCUCAAAUCCGAGCCGGACGCCAAAGACGACGAGGAGGACGACGAGCACAACCACAGCAAAAGCGGCGAUGAGAUCAUCCUGGAGGAGAGCGACACGGAGGAGGCCAAGAAGGACGAGCUGGAGGAGUGGAAGAAGAGAGACGACGACAAGAAGCCGUGCCGCAAGAAGAAGACGCGCACGGUGUUCUCCCGCAGCCAGGUGUUCCAGCUGGAGUCCACCUUCGACAUGAAGCGCUACCUGAGCAGCUCGGAGCGGGCCGGCCUGGCCGCGUCCCUGCACCUGACGGAGACGCAGGUAAAGAUCUGGUUCCAGAACCGGAGGAACAAGUGGAAGCGGCAGCUGGCCGCGGAGCUGGAGGCCGCCAACCUGAGCCACGCCGCGGCGCAGAGGAUAGUGCGUGUGCCCAUCCUCUACCACGAGAACUCGGCCGGGGAGAGCGGAGGCAUCGGGGGCAGCGUGCCCGUGAGCCAGCCGCUGCUCACCUUCCCGCACCCCGGCGUCUACUACUCCCAUCCCCUCGUCACAUCCGUGCCGCUGCUCAGACCGGUCUGAAAACUGCUGGGUCCUGAGUCCAAAAUCAAGUAAAAAAAAAAGAGAAGAGACUUAAUAUUUUUGUACAACUGACAAAAUAAAAAAAAACAAUAAAAAAAAAAAACAGACAUAAACACUGUCAAACCAUGGAGCUAUUUUGGCAAAUAUAAAUUGUGUCAUUUUCCAUGAGGGUGCCGUUUACAAGUGAUUUGAACAUUCAAAUCUGAUUCUUUAUAUUAUUAUUAAUUAUUAUUAAUAUUAUUAUUAAAUGAAAUGAUCACUUCUGGGGUCCACCUGCUCACACUGCCUGAUGUGUGUCUUUUAAAAAUGUUCCCUUGGUCUCUACACCAUGACUGUUGCUGGACAGGCCAAAUUUACAGCUCCACAAAACAAUGUACCUUGUUUACAAAAAAACAAACACACAAACAUGGCGGCCUAAAGUCGCAGGCUUGCUUAUAAAGAAACACACUUGUUUGAUUUUUCUUCACAUUUCCAGAACUGAUAAGACGAUGAUGUGCAAUACACUGACGGUGUGCUGGGAUUUUCUUUUUUUUUUUGGUCACCUGUUCACGGUGGAGAACCGAUGAUGCUGUUAUUGUAAUAUUUCCCCUUUUAAAUUUUUUAUUUUAUUUGCCGUUUGAAGCGUUUGACGGGGACAAUCAAGACUCUCUCAGCUGUAAACUGCUCCUGUAGCUUCAUGUUUAGUUUUAGUGACUCUCUCCACAAUGGACACGUCCUUCAAGCACAAGCGUCAUGAGCUCCAGCGUCUGCUUCAUCCACUUUGUGUUUUUGAACAAGGAGGUAAAGAAAACACCCCCCCCACACUGCAGCGUGGUGGGUGUUUUGUUGUAUAAAAUAUGUAAAUGUAUAUAUUUAAGGAGAUGCGGUGGAGAGGAGCUGCCACGUGCUGCUUCUCCUUUGUACAGUAAAAAAAAAACAACGUUUUGAUA